CACGAUCCCCAGCCGCAUCGCGAGAGACUCACGACACGCGCCGCUCAACGCCCCCGUCUCUAGGCCUCCGCUUCGCUAAAUCGAAAUGCGGAAACCACACACAUUACAGUCGGACGAGUUUCCCGCCUUUUCCCCAUCGCAAGUCUCGCGGAAACGAAGCGACGAACGAGGAUGGAGCCAUGGACUCCGCUGUUCGACAUAUUCCUCAACUCUCCGACGCCUGAAUCCGACGCGUCUCGGUGGCUGCAAGAGUCUUUCUGUUCGUCCUCAACCUCGGCCACGCCCUUCACCACCGCCUCUUUCCUCUCUCUUCUCUCGAAACCUUUCGACGCCAUUGCCCAAGGCUACUCUUUUCUUUCGUCUCCGCCACCUGCUCAGACGAAAAGGGUUAUGUUUAUACAGACUUUGCCCGCUAUGGUGCAAUCGCGGAUUUUGUCGUUCCUCGCUUUCGAGCACCGGAGAUUCUGCGCCAGGGACUUGUCGAGUCUUGCCCGUGGCAUUUUGGGUGGUGGUGGCGAUGAGGUAGAUUUUUGGGUGUCGAGGGCUGCCCGACACCUUCUCGAUGUAAUGCCUGAGUCGGAUUACGAGUGGAUCUCUCGAUUGGGUUUGGAUUCGGGGGAAGAAAGAACCAGCGAUGAGUUUGAGUCCGUACCGGUUUGGUUGAAAAAUGAGGUGGCUGCCACUCGUGUGCUUCUGCCUUGGCUUCCUGUGUCGCUGGAUGAAUUCAACUCGGCAGAGUCUUUUCCGGACGGCGAGAAGAAUGAGGAGUUGUUGAGCGAGGCUCAAGAACUUGAAGCGGAACCUAUGGAUGAAGAUGUGGAGGACAUUGAGAUUUGUGAUUCCCUGGGAGUUCCCCUAGAACCUGAAAUUCAGUAUAAGGCAAAGAGUUUGAGGGCUCAGAUUGCAUAUUUCGAAUCUACUAGCAGAACUGUUGCCUUGGCGAAUGCAAUCCGCGAAAUCUGCUUGGGAAAAGGGUUAAAUUCUGUUGGAGUUCUGGAACUGAUUGAACCUUGGAAAGCAGAUGAUGAGGCUGCUUCAGUUCUGAUUUCCCACCUUACAGAUGGAACUCAAGAAGAGUUUACUUGGCCAAGCCUUGUCCUCUGCUCUAUUAUCCUUCCCAGACUAUUGGUUCUUGAAGUUCCAGUAACUCGUGUGCUAUUAACUGCAACAAUAGAAUACUGCAAGCUUCAUCAGAAAUCUACAGAAUAUGCACUGUUAUUGCCACUUAUAAUGCGAAAGGAGGGCAUAAAUAACCCUGUCUGUGAGGCUAUUUCUAGGAUCAUCAAGGAAUGCUUACAUCCAGCUCAUGUCACGGCCUUCUGCCACAAGCUGUUGUGUGAUGGGAAAAAUAACAAGAAACUCAUAUGCUUACCCUCUCAUCAAUGCCUAACAUCGCCUGAACUGGUAUGGACAGAAUCCUUGUUUAAUCUGUUUCAGAACUUAUUGAAUCAUAAUAUUCAUCUGACCCAGGAGUCAGUUGAUUGUAUUAUUAACUCGGUACAGAAGUUGUCUUUAAGGUUCUCCAAAUCUUUGAAGUUUGGAAAUUUUUUACUAUGUUUAGUCACCAAAUGCUCUUCAUCAUUGAAGUCCCAUAAGCAGUCGCUGACUAAAGCAGUUGAAUGUACCAAUACUCUGGUGACAAAGUCCAUCUUGUCAAAGUUAUCAAGCUUAUAGGCCUUACUUGUAUUUUCCU